AUGCAGAUAUCCUCAUCCAGGCAGCAGCGUUCCGCACUCCCCUGCUACAACUUUGACGGAGUGAUCAUUUCCAGAACGACCAGCACCAAGUUGUUAGGUGUCAAACUGGACUGUCGACUCAGUUUCGGCACUCACAUUGUCGAAGUGAUCUCCCGAGCUCGAAGGAUGCUGGGUUUUGUUACCCGUGUCUCAAGAGGGGCCGGGUCAAGAACACUGAGGCACCUCUACACCGCACUGGUGCUGCCGCACCUUGAGUACUGUGCCGCAGUCCGGGACCCCCCUCAGGCCACCUUAUCCGCUUCUCUUGAAAGUGUGCAAAGACGUGCCGCGUACACUAUCUUGCGGUGGCAGACCCCUCAUGUCCCCCGGUACCGGGACAUAGCUACGGAUGAUCUGCUGGCACGUGUGGGUUGGAACUCUCUGGCCCUGCGCAGGAAAAUCUCCUCGGUCCGGCUUUUGGAAACCUGCCUCCUGCCAGAGGCUCCCGAGGUUCCUCUUGCACGGCAGCUGCGGCUGAACCGGAACGGUGGCCUUCAACCACUCUUUGCCCGCACUGACCGGCACCGGAAUACCUUCGUCAUCAGGGCAGUAAAUCUGUGGCGGUCCCUGCCAUCAGAGCUGACAGCGGGCCUGAGCGAGAAAGAAGAUAUAAGACCCAUCUGCAGGGGGGCAAUACCGCACUUGCGGUCCUAA